AGAAGGUCUAUUAUAAAAGGCGAAGAGAGACUCUUUUGGCGCCCUCAGAAAAAUCAAUCCUCUCACGUUUCCUUCUUUGACACGCUGUCUUAUUAACGGCAAUCCCCUCCUCUCUCUCUCUUCUGCCAUUAAUGACUGGGAAUUUCAGAGCAUCAAAACAGGAAUUUCGAGAUCUCCGUUACGUCCUUCCGGAUAUUUUUAGAUUUCGACAAAUCGCAGCCGCUGAUCUUCUGGAGCGAAAACACUCUUGAUAUUCCGGGCGGAGUGGCUAGGUAUAGGGUUUCGAGCAAUGGAUCUCGAAUCCGGUUCCAGAUCUCGUGAUUCACGGUUCCUGAAAACAUACAGGACAACUCUUUGUCUGGCUUAUCAGAGCUUUGGAGUUGUUUAUGGGGACCUAAGCACUUCCCCCAUCUAUGUCUUCAAGAGCUCCUUCUCUGGAAAGUUGAAGGAUCAUGAGAAUUAUGAUGAUAUCAUCCUUGGUGUCCUUUCUCUGGUUUUCUGGACUCUGACUCUUGUCCCUCUUUGCAAGUACAUUAUACUUGUAUUAGGAGCAGAUGACAAUGGGGAAGGUGGAACAUUUGCUUUGUAUUCGCUGCUCUGCCGAAACUCAAAAAUGAGCCUUUUGAACACUGCCAAUGCCGCACAGGAGCAGCUUUCUGCUUACAACUCAGGAAGUUCCUCUAAGGAAACAAGAACCAGUACUCUACUAAAGGAGUUCUUUGAGAAGCACCGGAGUUCUCGCAUCAUACUACUUCUAGUUGUACUUUUGGGGACGAGUAUGGUUAUCAGUGAUGGGGUCCUAACCCCUGCAAUGUCGGUCCUUGCAGCAGUUUCUGGCGUCCAAAUUAAGGUCCCGCAACUACACGAGAAUUACACGGUAUUCAUAGCUUGUGUCAUCUUAGUGGGGCUCUUUGCUCUUCAACACUAUGGAACACACAGGGUUGGCUUUCUUUUCGCUCCAAUCUUGAUAGCUUGGCUUCUCUGCAUCAGUGGGGUAGGAAUUUACAACAUGAUCCACUGGAACCCUAGUAUUGUCAAGGCUCUGUCACCUUAUUAUGCAUAUAAUUUUUUCAAAAAGGCUGGAAAGGAUGGAUGGAAAUCACUUGGAGGCAUUGUUCUAUGUAUUACAGGUGCAGAAGCUAUGUUUGCUGAUCUUGGGCACUUCUCUAAGCUUUCUAUCAGGAUAGCAUUUACAGGAGUUGUUUAUCCCUGUUUGAUUCUGGCUUACAUGGGUGAAGCCGCCUUUCUCUCGAAGAACAGGGCUGAUAUUCAGAGGAGCUUCUUCAAAGCCAUUCCAGAGGCAAUAUUUUGGCCGGUAUUUAUUACUGCGACGCUAGCUACUGUUGUGGGAAGCCAGGCGAUAAUAUCAGCCACCUUCUCCAUUAUCAGUCAGUGUAGGGCGCUGAGGUGUUUCCCACGUGUGAAGAUAAUACACACGUCGAGCCUGGUGCAUGGGCAGAUAUACAUUCCGGAAGUGAACUGGUUUUUGAUGGUCUUGUGUCUUGCAGUUGUGGUUGGCUUUAGGAACACGGAUACCAUUGGACAUGCAUAUGGCCUUGUGGUAAUCACCGUUAUGUUUGUUACGACGUGUUUGAUGUUCCUCAUCAUCGUCACUGUCUGGAAGCGAACCGUCUUGUCAGCCAUCUUAUUCGUUGUUGUUUUUGGAUCCAUAGAACUCCUCUACUUGUCUUCCUGCAUUGAAAAGGUCCCAGAUGGAGGCUGGUUCCCUCUCCUCCUCUCUUUAAUAAUCUUGUCUGUGAUGUCUAUAUGGCACUAUGGAACUUCAAAAAAAGAAGCAUUUGAAUUACAGAACAAGGUCUGCCUGGAACGGCUCCUAAGCAUGGGCCCGAGCUUGGGCAUUGUCCGUGUCCCAGGUAUCGGGCUCAUCUAUUCCAAUGUGGUCUCUGGGGUCACACCCAUGUUCGCCCACUUCAUUACCAAUUUCCCUGCCUUCCAUCGCAUCCUUAUCUUUGUCACACUGCAGUCUUUGACAGUCCCGAAAGUGCCUGCCAAUGAGCGAUUCCUCAUUGGCCGGAUCGGCCCUCCGGAGUUCCGCCUCUUCAGAUGCAUCGUCAGGUAUGGAUACAAGGAUCCUCGUAGGGAUUGCUACGAUUUUGAGAACCAUCUGAUCAUGAAAGUGGCAGAGUUCUUGCAGUCUGAGGGUGAGGAGGGCAGCAGUGGAGGCAGGGCCCAUGGGGAGAUGUCGAUGGUAGGGAAGCUGUCAAGUCCUGUGGCAGAUGCCAUGGCAGGGUCUGAGAGCAAUGGUGGGGUUGGCCGUCGUAAGAAAGUGGGAUUCAGAGGGGUCGGAGUGACGGAUGAAGUGAAGGAUGAAGUGAGGGAGUUGAUUGAGGCGAAGGAGGCUGGUGUAGCAUACAUGAUGGGCCACACAUGCGUCGUGGCGAGCGAUGUGUCUUCGUUUGUUAAGAAGUUUGCAAUUGACAUUGUUUAUGGGUUUAUGCGACGGAAUUGCCGGCGACCUGCAGCCGCCCUUGGGAUCCCACACACCUCCUUGAUUGAGGUUGGCAUGGUUUACCAUGUCUGAAAUGGAGUUGGGAGUUGUGUCAGUAUCAGGCGUAAUCUCCAGAGGGAAAGGGUCCAUCUCCAAUGAUCGGGUAUUUCACAGAUAAGCUAAAAUAACUGAUAAUUAGAGGAGGAUGUUUGAUAUAGUUGUUUUCGCUGUUGGAAGGAAAGGAAAAUGGUGAACUAAUCUCUGGUGGCAGGUUGCCGUAAUGGAUUGGCCUCAUGUUUAUAGAAAGGAAAGCAUAUCUGAGAUGCAUUUGACAUUAUGGUCGAAGGGGAUGGACAAAUCAGCCGUUUGCCAUUGCUGGGAGAUGGAGAUAGAGGUUCAUAUGAACUGAGAACGAGGCUCAUCAUCACCACUGGAUCUGGCUGGGAGAGGUAUAAAAAUCCGUAUGUAUCCUUCCCCUUUUGUCAGAUGCAGUUUCCCAAUCAUACCCUUUGAUGAAUAACAUGAUAUACGUUGCAGCCUAUGGUGGGUUAUCCUCACACAUGUAUCCUACGCACCUGGAAUUUUUUAGACGUUGUGGCCACCAUGGAUGGGUCAUACCAGUAGAAACCGUAAUGAUCUUUCCACUGAAUUUUGGACCAUUGUUUAUAGGUAGGCUUUGUUGACAAGGCUUAUCAGAUCUUUUGGUUUUUUUUUUAUAUAUGAGGCCCACAAUUCAGAUGGUAUUGGUUGCUACAUAUGUGCCAUAUAUAUGCUAGAAAUGUAUUCAACGAUCAUUCAACUUAA